CCCCCGGUCCAGCGCCCUGCCUUUGCGCAGGCAGGGCCCGCUUCCUGACCUUUGCCUCUGACCUUUGCCUUCCGGCCACCCCCUGGACUGACACAGAAAGGCCGCCCCGGGGGCAGGGCUCCAGGUGCUGCCCUGCGGCUCUGACCCGCAGCCGCCCCCAGACCGUGCGUGCCCACGAGGACCCUCUGCCAGAUGUGCAGGGUGGCAGCCCGGAGGCAUGCCCCCCGCCCGGCCGCUCCGCCCCCACCUCCCGCUGCUGCUGCUGCUGCUGCUCCUGGCCCGCCAGCCCCAGGCCCCCUCCGCCCAGGUGCUGGACUUCCUGCUCGAGAAGUGGAAGCUCUAUGGGGACCAGUGUCUCCACAACCUGAGCCUGCUGCCGCCCCCCACGGAGCUGGUCUGCAACAGGACCUUCGACAAGUACUCCUGCUGGCCCGACACCCCUCCCAACACCACGGCCAGCAUCGCCUGCCCCUGGUACCUGCCCUGGCACCACAAAGUUCAGCACCGCUUCGUGUACAAGAGGUGUGGGCCUGACGGGCAGUGGGUGCGUGGGCCCCAGGGGCAGCCGUGGAGAGACGCCUCCCAGUGCCAGCUGGACGAGGACGAGGUCAAGGUCGAGAAGGAGGUGGCCGAGAUGUACAGCACCUUCCAGGCGAUGUACACCGUGGGGUACUGCCUCUCGCUGGGGGCGCUGCUGCUGGCCCUGGCGGUCCUGCUGGGCCUCAGGAGGCUGCACUGCACGCGGAACUACAUCCACGUGAACCUGUUCGCGUCCUUCGUGCUCAGGGCCGGCUCCGUGCUGGUCAUCGACGCGCUGCUCAAGACCCGCUACAGCCAGAAGAUCGGCGACGACCUCAGCGUGAGCGGCUGGCUGAGCGAUGGGGCGGUGGCCGGCUGCCGGGUGGCCGCGGUGUUCAUGCAGUACGGAGUCGUCGCCAACUACUGCUGGCUGCUGGUGGAGGGCGUGUACCUGCACAGCCUGCUGGGCCUCGCUGCCUGCCCCGAGAGGAGCCUCUUCGCCCUCUACCUGGGCAUCGGCUGGGGUGCCCCCGUGCUGUUUGUCAUCCCCUGGGCGGUGGUCAAGUGUCUGUUCGAGAACGUCCAGUGCUGGACCAGCAACAACAAUAUGGGCUUCUGGUGGAUCCUGCGCUUCCCCGUCUUCCUGGCCAUUUUGAUCAAUUUCUUCAUUUUCAUCCGCAUCCUUCACAUCCUCGUGGCCAAGCUGCGUGCCCACCAGAUGCGCCGCACGGACUACAAAUUCCGGCUGGCCAAGUCCACGCUGACCCUCAUCCCCCUGCUGGGGGUCCACGAAGUGGUGUUUGCCUUCGUGACGGACGAGCACGCCCAGGGCACACUGCGCUUCGCCAAGCUCUUCUUCGACCUCCUUCUCAGCUCCUUCCAGGGUCUGCUGGUGGCCGUCCUGUACUGCUUCCUCAACAAGGAGGUGCAGGCGGAGCUGCUGCGGAGCUGGCGCCGUUGGCGCGCAGGCAAGGCCCUUCGGGAGGAGCACCCGGGCGGCAGCCACCCGGCCUCGGCCCGGCCGGCCAGUGGAGCUGCCACAGAGAAGCCGCUGCUCUCCGGGGGCCGGGCCAGCAACGGGGCCAGCCAGGACGCCUCUGCGGCGGCCCACAUGGCCGCCAGCACCCCUGGGUUGGCUGAGAGCCCCUUCUGAAGCCCUGGGAGCCCCACCCGGGGCUGGACUCAGGAGCCGAGAGGGCGCCAAUGGACAAUUUGGACCAAUGCCCUAAGGAGCGGCGGCGGCCCAGGACGCGGUCUGAGGGCAGGGCCUCCCCGCACGUGCUCUGUGCCCGGCUGGGGCUG